CAGAAGGCGAUUUCAUACUCCGUAUAGAACGCCUAAAAAGCUGGAUCUCCCGGAUAUGUUCGGGUUCUGUUAGAGUGCCGCUCGGCUGAACCGUGCGCGUAAGAAACCGCUUGCGCGUUUCGCUUUUAGUAACAAGGAAGUUUAAACCAUGCCGUCAAUUACAACCCCACUCGAACGCGUUGCAAACAUCAUUGAUCCGAAUUCAACAUCUACAGUUCGAGAAAAAAUAAAUGCUCUCUCUUCUUUCUCACAGUCUCUUCAUGAUGUCACACUUGAUCAAGCACAAUCGGUUUUCGCAACUGUUUCACUGGCUAAUUUCUACAUGUUAUUUGGUGUUGUCGAAGGAAGCGAUGACGAAGAAGAAUUGAAUAGGGUGUUAUGUGAAGUUAUUCGUAAACUUUUAGAUCCAUUCACCUACGACAUGAUUGCUGGCGACGAGAACAAUAUGAUGUUCUUAAUACAAGGUCUGAAUCACUUUUCGCCGGAUAUACGAUAUUUAUCAUUGCUGCAAGUGGAAAGAUGCUUAAAUUCGACGGAUCAGACGAUCGAUCAAGUAGCCCGAUCAAAUGUGUUUACCUUUGUGUUGGCAACUAUUGCAUUCCAACAGACACAAACAGCGAACAAAGCCGUGGAUAUUGCUGCCAAGAUCUCUUGCAAAGCACCUGACGUUCUUUUUACCCAAAAUGCAGCUAUUCUUCGAAAUUUAUUGGGGACAAACGAGACAGUACGUUUCCGAGUGUAUGAGCUGAUUGUCAGGGUCGCGGGAUCAUCCAGUCGAGCGUUUGAAAUAGGGGAAGCAUCGGGCAUGUUCAACGGAAUUAUCAAUGAAGUCCAGUCAACGGAUACGUUAGUAGCUUUGAACGCCAUUGAGAUCUUGCGACAGAUUGCAGAUACGCCCGCUGGGUUGGCCUUUUUGGAAAAAUCAAAUUUGUUAGGACAUCUGUCGUCCUCUUUGGAUAUAGGAGACGAUAAUGAUACCGCAGUGAUCUUGACCAAGUCUGCCACUAUCCUAUUCUUUUCACAACUUGCACAUAACCAGGAAAUUCAAUUCGAACCGAUCGAGCGCAAAUAUAAGUACCUGGAUAAAUUGCAGCGACGCUUGGAUGAUGACGAUACAAAUAAGGAAAUAUUGACAGCAGUGAUUGGAUCGAUUGGUCUGGUCGGUUCGACUGCACAAGGCCUAGGUUUGCUCCAGAAUACGUCAUCCUUAUUGAACAAAUUCAUGGGAUUAUUCCAAACAACUGCAGGUGAUUUGAAGGUUGAGUUUCUUCACAGUUUAUCCAAGCUUAUUAGCGUCAGAGGGGACCCUGCAGCAGAGCAUAUGACGCGUCAAGUCUAUGAAGCAAUGGAUGGGAGACCGACGACACUGGAUAAUUUGGUCCAGACAGCAAAACAGCCCGUGGAUGACAUUCGCGUGGCAGCGUUUACCUGCAUAAACUCCAUUGCUUCACACAUUUGGGGUCGCCAGGAAAUGGUACGAAAUGAGCAUAUUCUAGGCUACUUAGUGGACCGUACAGCUGAACAUACCGUGGAGGGCCAGAGAUGGAAGUUUACUAUUUGCGAGACAUUGAUAAGUGCGGACGACGCACAGCAAACGCUAGGUGACCAUUAUCACAUAUUGCGCAAUUAUGUCCGACAAGGCUUGUAUUACCGACCGACAGAGCCAGCUGCUGCAUUGGAAAGUGCCUAAUAGCGAGAACAGAAGAAGAAUCACGGGUGCCACAACAACCAUUUUAUAUUCACACAUCGCAUCAAGAGACCUUGUACAUAUACAAGGGAAAGCGUGCAAAAGAAUAAAAGAGAAAAAUAACGAAAAGAAACAAAAGGAGGUGGGGCGGGGGUGGGGG